AUGUGGGACAUGCCAGUCAAUACUGAUAGAACUAUAACAGCGAACAGACCAGAUAUCAUCGUUAAAGAUUCAGUUAAUUCCACCUGCAAACUUAUUGAUAUGACUGUUCCAUCAGAUAGAAACAUCGCACUGAAGGAAACUGAAAAAAAAUGCAAGUACAAACACCUAGAACUAGAAAUGCAGAGAAUGUGGCAUAUGAAAACCGUAGUGAUCCCUGUGGUUGUUGGUGCGCUUGGUACAGUGAAGAAGGGUAUGGUAGAAAACAUCAAGAAAGUAUCAGAAAGAGCUAAUAUGACAGAGAUUCAAAAGAUCUGCAUGCUGGGAUCUGCACGAAUCCUCAGAAAGGUGCUUAGUGUAUGAACAGAAUGAUUGACUUGAGUGACUGACGCUCUAGGUGCAUGGUUUGCGCCCGGCUGAUGCACAAAAAGAACACCAGCAAAGACUGUGAUAAUAGAGACAAUAAUAAUAAUAAUAAUAAUAAUAAUAAUAAUAUUAAUAAUACAGGAAGCGCCACGACAAGGUGGCCCAGCAAGUUCACUGGGAGCUACAGGUGCAUAUUCAGAAAGUAUGGGUUAGAGUGUAACGAUAAGUGGUAUGACCAUCAACCUCAACCAGUUGUAGAGAAUAGAGAAGUAAGGAUAACUUGGGAUAUGACUAUUUAGUAAAAUUCAACUAGUGGUCUAUCAUCAAUGCUGCGUUCUGAUUGGUUGAGCUACUACUAGGCUAUAUGUUAUAGCCCACUAGUAGCGAUAAGCGCCGGCUUUUUGGCGGCAAAAAAGGAUUGAAGUGUAGCCUCAACCAGCUAAAGUUAUUUUGUCUCGAUAUUUUUGACCAACUAGUUGGAUUUUACUAAAACAAUUAUUCCUCUCACCCUCGUGGCCUCUGAGUCAAUAGCCCAUGAGGCCCAUUCAGGCUCAAGGAAUAAUUGUUAAAUACAUCGAUAAGCGGCUGAAGCGCAAUCGUCCAGAUAUCACUGUAGUGCACAAAGACACACAGGAGUGGACAAUUAUCGACAUUGCUGUGCCAGCGGACAAAGAUAUCCUACUUACUACUUGGGACGAAAAGGUGGAAAGGAAUCAAGACCUAGAUCUAGAAAUUUAA